AUGCCGGGUUACCGUUUGCGAUCAUCCGACAAGUCGGUUCAAAACCAAACCCCAGCCCAAAAAGACCCGGACGUAGUUAUGUCUGAAGACAUAAUUAACCGUUUCUUCGAUGACAAGGCUUCUGAUGAGAACGAUGGAGAUUAUGAGGAAGAAAAUGAAGAAUACGACGAUCAGGAAGAUGCUGAGUGCGAGUCUGACGAAAUUUUUGUCAUCAACACUGCCGUAGCCGUAGGCAAAAUCCAGGAGGCUGCUGGGGGCAAUAUAGGAGCUGCUAAUCGGCCAGCGAAUGCAGGUAGUAGUAACAGCGAUGACUCGACUGAUCCCAUUUCAAUCGAAGCCCUGAGAUCGUGGUUCCAAGACGAGACCGAAAGAUUACAAAAGAAGAUCAAAACCAAACAAGAUGGGGUCAAAAAGGUCGAGCAUAAGAUCGCCAAUGACAUGGAGAGGUGUAUAGAAAAGCAGCGGGAGCUCCAAAAAGAAUACGAGAAGCAUAAUAAAGGCGACUACGAGCUGGAAAAAAUCAAGGAGGCGGCGGAAAUCUGGGGAAAUAGAGCAGCAAAAAACAAGGAAAAGAAGGAGAAGGUUGAAAAUGAGAUUGCUGAGUUGAAGGCUCAGCAAAAUGAGAUUUUAGCUAAUCCGAGGAACAUGUUUAUCAAGAAAAAGAGGGCCAAGACUACUAAGAGAGGGCCUAGAGCGCCGAGGUAUCAGCCUCCUCCGGAUUUUGAUCCUCUUAAUGGUGAUGAUUCGCUCUCGGAGAACGAGGAGUAUAAAAAGUCGAAGAAAGACGAAGGCUCGAGGACAAAUGCUAUGAUUGCAUGCCGGCGUUGCAGGCACAAGAAGACGAGGUGUGAUCAAGCAGACAUCCAAUGUGGUUAUUGUAAAAGCCAAGGAAAGAAAUGCCGCUACAAUGCCAUCUGGGUUCCAGGCAGACAAUUGACCUCGAACUACCUCUCUGGGCUCGAGAAAAAGGUCGAAGCACAAGCUGCUGAACUAAAGCAUUACGAGGAAGCGUCUCCGUUUCUAGUAAGCACCGCAAAUCCGCUUUCCGGUAUCACUGGUUACGGGCCUCGUCCAGCCGAUGAGGCAUUCCAGAAUUAUUAUCGACUCAUUCAUGGCAUGAAGCCGAAAGCCCAUGUCCCGCCUGUGCUAUCUGUUUUGGCGAAGACUCCUUCACCGGACAAUGAGGCAGGGCAAGCAAGACAAGAGCAAGAUAGAGACUUUGGAGGUAACUAUCCAUCGAAACGCCGGAAAACAGCGACUUCGACAAAUGAGAAUACAAAAGGUUACUCUCCAAAUCAAAGCAGUGGUAACUCACAGCAGCCUUCAUCAAACUUGACCACUAACACUGUUCUUCCUCAGCCACUUCCUGGUCAGGUGUAUAAGGGUGUCAACCAGUUCCAAACAUUGUGGGCAGAUGCCUUGGCUGGCAAUGGCUUCUCUCUGCCUCUGAAAAAUGAUCAAAUACUACAAUGGCCAACCUGGACUCAUGACUCCUAA